GGGAUGGUACAAAGCACGUUAGUUACUCCGGCACCUUACCAUUUACCAGGGUAUUUGGGGUAUGUUCCCCAGUUUAAGUUUAAGAUCGGAGGAACAUAUGGACAAACUACACAUUCUAUCCUGGACACCUCCGACUAUCUUCAGAGCAAGCAGAUGCCGUACCGUGUAAUUAAGGAGGUAAAGUUCCAGGAGCCGUUAGCCAGAAGUAAGCCAGCGUCUCAGGAGGGUUGGAGCAACACUAAACUUAAGGGGAGCAUGGUACCAGGUUACACUGGCUACGUGCCGAAAGGACAGCAUUUCUUCGGACAGCGCUACGCACAGGCAUGCGACAAUGCGCUCAAGUCUUUCGAAGCUGAUCUCAUCGUUAAGGAGAAGAGUGAAGAGAUACUGAAAAUGGUACCGAGAAGACCGCUGACUCCGGUUAGUAAAGCUAACGCGUACCCUGCCAAACCACGCGACUUCCAGUACGGGACAUCACCUUACCGGCUACCUAACAACCACGAUGAGUUUGUGCUUCCUUCAACCGUAAUUGAUUUGUCCAAGCUUCAAUUUCCCUCUCAUUUAUCGUCUUCACCUUGGUUAGGAUCAAGACCUCCGUUUUCUAUAAACGCCCUGAGUGUUGUCUCUGCAGCUUAG